AUGAGCACAGAUAAGGAAAAUCUCUCUAACAAUAAUCCAUAUUCAUCAUGGCACAGUUCUAAGAAGUAAAAAUAAUUAGAAGACAAAAGUAACACAUACAUGUCACAAUAAAAUUCCUCUAAAAAUCUAAACAAAAAUGUAAGUUAAUCAAGCUAGAAGACUAACAAUAAUAAUCGCAAUAAUAAUAGAAAAAAAAGGGGUUAUCAGUAAAAUGUAGAGCAUGUGUAUGUUCGAAAAGAUCUUGUUUAAACAAUAUCUUAGAGUUGUAAUAUUUAAAAAAAUUCAAAUAAUGAUAAUCCUAAUCAGUAUAAAUAAUAAGAUUCAAGAUAAGUUGAGAACAGAAGCCUAAAUAAAACAAAUCUAAGAUAAUAUUAAAAUUAAUAAAAUAAUUUUAAAAAUGAAGAACUCAUAAAUAUGAAAGCAAACAUUGGAUAGGAAUAAAUAAAAGAACAAAAUAUUUAAGCUAGAACAAACUAAAAAUAAUAAGUGUAAGAUUUUAAGAAUGAAUGGAGUUCUGAUCCAAAAAAAUACUUAACUUAAAAAUUCUACAAAAAUGAAGAUAAAUGUUAUAAUGAAACAUAUAAUAUUUAUAGUGGGAAAAAAGGAUAGAUUUAAGAAGUACUAUUGGUAGCUGAAAAACCUUCUGUAGCUAGAAAAAUUGCAUCCGCUUUAUCAAAUAAAACAUCCAAAAAAAGAUAAGGGAAAGUUAGAUAUCUACCUGUCUAUGUAUAUGAAGGUAGAUUCAAAGGAUAGAAAACCAUUUUUAAGGUAACUAGUGUAACUGGUCAUGUUUAUGAUUUAGAUUUUCCUUAAAAGCUUAAAGAAAAUUGGAAUGAAAUUAAUCCUGUGUAAUUAUUUUCAUCAGAUACAUUAAAGAUUCCAAGCAAGCAUAAUAUUGUGAGGCAUUUAGAAUCAGAAGCAAGAAAUUGUUCUUACCUACUUCUUUGGCUUGAUAAUGAUAAAGAAGGAGAAAACAUAUGCUUUGAAGUAAAAUAAAUUUGUGAAAAAGUUAUGUGUUUCAAAGGAGAUAAUGUAUAGUAAGUAUUGAGAACAAGAUUUUCUUCUCUGACAAAGUAAGAUAUAAUAAAAGCAUUUAAUGGAACUACUGAUCCUCCUAACGUUAACGAAUCGAAAGCUGUAGAUGCUCGUAGAAUUAUUGAUCUAAAAAUAGGUGCUUCUUUCACUAGAUAUUAAACUCUUUUCUUUAGAAAUAAAUAUCCUGAUUUAAACAAAAGGACUAUUUCUUUUGGUCCAUGCUAGACACCAACGCUUGGGUUUUGUGUGGAAAGAGAGGAUUAAAUCAAAAAAUUCAUCCCAAGUUUACUCUAUAAAGUAAAGUUAACACUUUAGGGAAGUGAUAAUAAAACUUAAAUGUUAGCUUAUAGUGAACAAAAAGAAACACUUUCUAAAGAAAAAGCUUAAUACAUAUUCUAAAGUAUUAAACUUGAAAAACACAUUUAAAUAGUAUCUGUUUCAUCUGAGACUUUAGUAGAAGAAUGCCCAGUUGGUCUAAAUACAGUUGAAAUGCUGAAAGCUGCAUCAAGUAGCUUGAAUAUGAGUCCACAACAAACUAUGGAUGCUGCUGAAAAUCUAUAUUUAAAAGGAUUUAUCACAUAUCCUAGAACAGAGUCAACGGCUUAUUCAAGCUCAUUUAAUUUCAAAAAAGUUUUGUCAAGUCUAUAGCAAGAUAUAGAAUAUGGGAAAUUCGCAUAAAAUCUACUUAAUGAUGGUUAUAUAAUACCACAAAAAGGAAAUGAUACGGAAGAUCAUCCACCUAUUACUCCAACUUCAAACUAUCCAAGACCAGAAAAUGAGGGUUUAAUAAGCCCAUAAGAAAAAUAAUUAUAUGAUUACAUUUCAAAACAUUUCAUAGCAAGCUUGUACGAUGAUUAUGAGUAUAAGAAAUUAAACAUAACAUGUCAAGUGAAAAAUUACUAAUUUAUCUCUGAAGCUAUUAGAGUAGAAAAAUAAGGAUAUACAAAAGUUAUUAAGUCAACUUAACUCGAUUAAAACAUCAUCUAAAUUGAUGUAAAGUAAAGUAGUAAAUUCUAAAUAAAAAACAUAAGUAUUGAAGAAGAAUAUUCAUCUCCUCCUCGUUAUUUAUCAGAAUCUGAGCUUAUUGAUUUAAUGUCAAAAAAUUCUAUUGGUACUGAUGCCUCAAUACCUACUCAUAUACAAAAUAUUGUUGAUAGAAAAUAUGUUGAAAUUGAUCAAAAAAAUAGAACCUUAAUACCAACAUAAUUAGGAAGAUCUAUUAUAGAUGGUUAUAGAAAAAUAGACGAAGAACUUGUUUCACCAUAAAUUAGAGCUUAAAUUGAAAAUUCAGUUAAUUAGAUUGCUAAAGGUGAUAAGGAAUUUUCUUAGGUAUUAAAUGAAUCAUUAGGUUUAUUUUAAAAUAAAUACAUCAAUUUUGUUUAUAAUAUUAAAAAUAUGGAUAAUUUAGUCGGAUUAUUCUGCAAAACUUAUAAAGAAGUACUUUAGACAGCAAAACCUCUAAGUAAAUGCGGUUUUUGUUAAAGCAUCAUGAAAUUUAUAGAAUAAUCUGAAUAAGUGGUUUGUCAAAAAUGUGAUAUUAAAUUUUAUUUGCCUAAGAGUGGAGAUUUAAAAAUAAGCGAAGAUAAGAUUUGCCUUAAAGAUAAUUUUUAAAUCAUCUAAUUCACAUCUUAAAACUCAAAUGAAGGUGUAAUUGAUAUCUGUCCAAAUUGUUACUCAGAUUAAUUUUACAGAAAGCAAAAAAAAUACUAAUUAUGA